AUGGUGCUGGCCACACAGGUCUCAUCGCAAGGAUUCUUUGAGCUUUCUGCCAGCUCCCUCCGAAUAUUCCAGAGGGCCGUUCAGUGCAUUGCCAAAUUGGGCCGAGAUGCUGCGGUGAUCUUCCGUCCUGAGGAGUUGGUUCUUCAUGGCGCUGAUGAUGGCCACUCCGCUGCCUCACAGUUUGCAUUUCGGCGCAAGUUCUUUCGCUCCACACCGUCGCAGGCUUACGUCCAGGAGCGCUUGCAGCAUGCGCUCUGCACCCUGAUGGAGCAGGGAGGCGAAGGCGGUGGUGUCUGCACGCGUGCUCGCUGUGGCGUUGCGUGGCUCGCAGCAGCGCACAGCCCGGUGGUACAGCUCGGAAAUGCUCAGUAG